AUGCCCUACUUCAUGGACCAAGACAUGGAUAAAGGCCGGGUUAAGCGUAAUCGACUGUCAGACCCGCUAAAGAAGGACGAGAUAAAAAGAGGCAAGGCAACCGCCGAAAACAUAUCAUCAUCAAAAUUCAAAGUCAAAGGAAAGCAACUACACUUGAUUGAUGAGCAAAAUCCGGUCUCACAUGAGAGCGAUGAAGAAUCGGUUAAUGAAAGCCCAACAGACGAAGCCGCUGAAGUGGACCCAGAUGAGCCCGAGAUGCUUCAUCAGUGUAUAUCGUGCACGGAAGAACACCCGCUGUCAGAUACAAUUCAAACGCAGUGUGCCCACACCUACUGCCGAGAAUGUGUUCUGCGCCUUUUCCAGAAUUCGCUCACCAACGAACUUAUGUUUCCUCCUCGAUGCUGCCGCACACCCAUUGGUGUCACUAUCGCCGUCGAAGAUAUGAUCGGUCUCGAGAUAACAAAGAGAUACAAGGAACGGAAGGCUGAAGUCAGCGAGAAUGACAGAACUUACUGUUCAAAUUCAACCUGCUCUCGCUACCUCCCACCACAGAGCAUUCGUCGAGGGGUUGGUGUCUGUGAUUCCUGUAUGGUGCGAACAUGCGUGGAGUGCAAGAAGCAGGGACACCGAGGUGACUGUGCGAUUCAGCGAAUCAAAGACGAAAGCGACGAGCAUUUGCUCGAGCGUUUAGCAGCUAAGAAGAAGUGGCAACGAUGCUCAAAGUGCUCUCGAAUUGUCGAGCGUGUGACUGGCUGCUCGCAUAUGGUGUAUGCUGGGCUUUGCCCCCUUCGAAACUUUUCAGUUUGCAGAGCUGACUUAUCUCUAGAUGUCUAUGUGGAAUGA